AUUAUCCCAAUUAUCCGAAAACAUAAGCUCAUUCAUUAUCCAAACGGAUUUCCUUUUCCUCAUCAUUUUUUCGCGAUCCAAGUAAGCUCAAUCAGAGAUUCAGAAAGUUUCCCGUUCACUUUCCCCGGAAAAUGGAAUUAUUUUCUCGCCUGAUAUUCCUCUAGUCUCCUCUUUCCCAAACCUUAAGCUUUCUCUUUCGGAAGUUUGGACUCUACGAUGGCUCUUCUCAUCCAUUCCACUGAAAUUUCAACUCUCCCGAGGUUCAUCUGUAACCCUAACCCUAUCCAUAAGUAUCCCAAAGGCUUCAUUAGAUUGAGGAACAAUGGGAAGGCUUGGUCUGGGGCUACGGUUCGGGUUUCGGGGCUGGCUGAGGGUGUGUGUUUGUACGGACAAUUCUCUGCUCCGGCGAAACGAGGUUCGAAGCCGAGCAAAGAGGAGGAAGAGAAGCAGAAUUACUACGUGAAUAUGGGCUAUGCGAUACGGACUCUCAGAGAGGAAUUUCCCGUGCUUUUUCAUAGGGAGCUCAGCUUCGAUAUCUAUAGGGAUGACCUCAUAUUCAAAGAUCCGCUCAAUACUUUUAGCGGCAUUGAGAACUACAAAUCAAUCUUCUGGGCACUACGAUUCCAUGGCAGGAUAUUUUUUAGGGCUUUGUGGGUUGACGUCAUUAGUGUGUGGCAGCCCACAGAGAACGUAAUUAUGGUUCGAUGGACUGUCCACGGCAUUCCACGAGUCCCAUGGGAGAGCCGUGGUCGAUUUGAUGCCACCUCAGUAUACAAAUUUGAUAAGAAAGGAAAGAUAUUCGAGCACCGAGUUGACAACAUUGCUUUCAACUCACCUUCAAAGUUCCGUGUGCUGGCUGUGGAGGAAUUAAUCCAAACUCUUGGUUGCCCCUCAACCCCUAGACCUACUUAUUUUGAAAUUCUUUCUCCACCUUUGUUGAAGAGAAGUUAUCAUUACUAAAGUGCGUUCAAAAGUUUUGGUGCAUGUCAAGCUAUGUUAAGUAAAUAUCUAGCUAGAGCUUCCCAUCCUUUCCUAUGUGAAUCACACUACUGUAAGAAUCUGGUUUAGACUGCACAAUGUCCAUAAAGUUGGUAAUUGACUUAUAUUGUUUUUUGGGUUGAUCUAAUUGUUAGAACUAGCAAUAUGAACUAUAGUGGCGUGUUGUAAUUACUCAAACUUGAGCUUCGGACUUUGUCAUGUAUUUGUUUAAACAUUGUAUAGUGCAAGAAUAAAUGCAAGCUAGCUCCUUCAUUCCUUAA